UCGACGGGAUUAGGUAGACCGGGAGAGACGGGACCGCAGGGUCCGGUCGGACCACCAGGAGCUAUCGGACCCAUGGGUCCGCCAGGUAUACCAGGCAUGGAUGGCAUCCCAGGCAAACAGGGCGGUAAAGGUGACAAGGGCGAUACGGGAUAUCCUGGAGGCGCCGGCUUGCCGGGGAAACCGGGAAAGGAUGGCCAACCCGGUCCGAUAGGUAAGAACGAGGCCGGACAGGACGUGGUGGCAGUGCGAGGCCUUCCCGGUCCCCCAGGACCCCCGGGACCCGCCGGACUUCCUGGCCUAGUGGCGGAGAAAGGCACGAAGGGAGACAAGGGAGACAGAGGAGUCCGAGGAGUGAUCACGAGUGGACAGGGAGGAAACUCCUUCCCCAUCGAAACGAUAGAGGGACCGCCGGGGCCGCCCGGGCCGCCCGGACCAGGAGGACACAAGGGAGAGAUAGGUGUGGUGGGACCAAUGGGCAUCGGACAGAAGGGAGACACCGGCCUCCCCGGACUGCGCGGCAAACGAGGAGAUGAUGGCAUGACUGGUGAGAUCGGCAUGAUGGGACCAAGAGGCCUGAAGGGACAGCCGGGAAUGAAGGGUGAAAUGGGCAUGCUCGGACCGACGGGAGAAGAUGGAGGGCGCGGUCAACCGGGACUCGAUGGCCUGGAUGGAGAUCAGGGGCUGCCGGGAGCUACCGGACUACCGCUCACCUGUAGCUCACCUGUAGCUCACCUGAGUGACAUACCUGUGGGUCACCUCAGUGACAAACCUGUGGGUCACCUCAGUGACAAACCUGUGGCUCACCUCAGUGACAUACCUGUGGCUCACCUCAGUGACAUACCUGUGGCUCACCUCAGUGACAUACCUGUGGCUCACCUCAGCGACAUACCUGUGGCUCACCUCAGUGACAUACCUGUGGCUCACCUGUACUCAGGUGAGGUGCGCGGCGGGCAGGUGCGCUGA